CUUUACUUCGUCUUAUUCUUCCCUUUCCCCCUCUACGGCGGGCGAAAGAUCGUGCUCUCGAAUCGUCGGCGAAAUUUUUUCCGGUUUUGUAUAACACCACCUGGGCCUUGGAUAACAGGAUGACCGCCGGCGGGGCUGAUUUAUACUGGCCUGUUUUGUUGCCAUGAAAAGAGAAGCCCUAAACUGUUCUGUUUCGCGGAAAGAAGGAAAGCUCCCCCAGCUUGUUCAAGGGUUCAUGAAAAUUGCAUUUUCCCGGUAUUGGAGUGCAAUGGAAACUAUGUUUCUUGUUUCCUUACAGUUUUCCCCCCCAGAAUUGGUUAACCAUUCUGCGUCUGCUUUCUGCCUCUGUGUUCAAGCGAUCAUUGUAAAUGUUAUUUCAGAGAAACAGAGUCUGUCUUUUUGCCUUGGAUUGGUCAUCUCUUGGCACUGAACCGGGAUUUUUGUUUAUGGAUCAUUGGUAUAGAUGUAGAAUUGAAUUGGGUUGAUGUUUACAAUGGUUUUUGGCGAUACUCUGUGACGAAAGGAAGUUUCCCCCUUUCCCCUCGACAACUGCUGCUUGUUUCAAGCUUGGUCUUCUGAAGCACUAUGAAUGGGUUCUCUUUACAGAUUGAAUUACAGUUGAUGACAUUGUGCAGUGGCUGAUCCCACUAGUUUUUUAAUUUCAUAUUACUGCUCAUUGAAUCAGAAGCGUAGGACUUAUAAUGCUACUGCCCAUUAGAAGGAAACUUGACCUGCUUCUUUUGGCGGAGAUGGAUCAAACUGCGAGGAAAUUCAUAUCUAGUGUACUUGGUUUCUCUUGUUCUCUGCAGCGGAAAUAAAAUAUCGGAAAACCUAGUGAAAUGACGAAGCUCUUCAUGUCAACUUCUCGUGGCAUUCUAUUUGGCUUCUUCUUGGGAAUAUCUUUACCAACACCCUUCCUCUCAAAAGUUCCUUGCCAAUACUGUUUGGACGCUAUUUUUCUUCUGAUUAAGGAAUGGGUUUGGGAUUUGGUAGAUGAAUCUUCCAACCGGUUGGCUUCCCAUCCUUUGACAUCGCUUAUAUGGAGGACAAGUACUCCAGUCUUUUGUUACAAGAACUGCUCAAUCCUUUGUCCUCUCUAAGGAGACCUAGUAUGAAUUCCUUGUUAUUUCACCAUACAAUGGAACCAAGGUAUAUACCACCUGUAGUGUCCUGUAAUUUUCUCGAGGAGAAGCAGAUGAAGACAAGCUGUAUUUGUUCAACUAAUGCAUAUGUGGAUCAAUGAAAUUCCUAAAGGUGCUGAGAGUUUACCUUCUGGUAUUGCAACUUCUGAAUCAGACUUGUUUCUUCACCGAUUGUGAGGUAUGCCUGCUGAGGUCUGUUAUUCCAAGUUCAACCGAAUAAACAUAAUCUCUUAAGACAAUGUGUUUAGCUGUUAUGAAUUGUGAUGAUGACUUUCAUGGUCCCGAUCAAGUUCUUCCUUUUCUUAUUUAUGCUGUCUCUUUUGCUGAUGGAGGUGGCAUUCAUAGGCCCUGGCCUUGCAACCGAAGUAUCUAGUGACGUUCACUGUUGGUUAUGAACAUAGAAAUAACAUCAAUUCAGCAGUUGAAAAGGUCAGUCUAAUCUCAGUAUUCCACACACUUUUUACUACCACUAUAUUUCUUUUUCCCAAUCACUAACUUGUACAAAAGCAGUUCUCAGAACUUCACCGUCCUAUUGUUUCACCAUGACAGCCGGAUAAUCGAGGUGAAAGAGUGUGAAUGGUGAAACUGAGCAAUCCUUGUGAGUGCUGCCAAUCAAACAAAGUGGUAAGAAAGCACUUCUCUCAUCUCAUCUUCAUAAUUCUGAUUUUGUGGAUCAAGAUUUACUUUUUCUCACUGGUUCCUUGAAAAAGAAGAAAAAUUGCAACAGUAAAAAAUGAUGGUUAUGUGAUGAUGAUGAGACAUGAUUUCUGUAAUUGGAAACAAGGAUCAUGAUCUUAAUCUCUUCCCUUGCCCAGCAAUUAACCAACUAACACACCACCACCAAACAACCGCCCCCACACUUUGAUUUGAAUUUCCUGCUCUUUUACUUAUUAUUUGCCGUCGUGGACAGCCUCUUUUCUUCCUUAUGAACUUCCCCUUGAAGUAACAGAAAUCCACCAAGGCAUGCAUUGGGGCAAUCAUUUUGAACCCCCAAAAGAAGAGGCAGGAAGGUCCAACUAAAGUUCUUGAGUGCCUUUCACUUUUUACUUUUUGUUGGCCCCCUUUGGUAUGGUAAUCACCACCUAAAUUCCCCUGUUGCCCCCAUCUGCAGUACCCUCCAUUCUCCAUUCGAAAUUUGAAUAUCAUCCCAACACCCCUCUUCUUUAUAUAUACCAAAUUGCUGAACUUUCUGUUAUAUUCAACUUGAAAUUGAAAACCAGGAAGAAUGAGCACAGCGAGCAGGUUCAUCAAGUGUGUGACAGUUGGGGAUGGUGCCGUUGGGAAGACAUGCAUGCUCAUCUCCUACACUAGCAAUACCUUCCCUACCGAUUAUGUUCCGACGGUGUUCGACAACUUCAGUGCGAAUGUGAUGGUGGAUGGGAGCACAGUGAGCUUGGGAUUAUGGGACACAGCAGGACAAGAGGAUUACAACAGGUUGAGGCCAUUGAGUUACAGAGGUGCUGAUGUCUUUUUGCUGGCCUUCUCCCUUAUUAGCAGACCCAGCUAUGAGAACAUCUCCAAGAAGUGGAUUCAUGAACUGAAACACUAUGCUCCAACCAUCCCAAUUGUGCUUGUCGGAACUAAACUUGAUUUAAGAGAUGACAAGCAGUACUUGACCGACCAUCCGGGUGCAACCAGGAUCACAGCUGCACAGGGAGAAGAACUGAAGAAGAAGAUAGGUGCAGUGCUGUACAUAGAGUGCAGCUCCAAGACACAACACAAUGUGAAGGCAGUGUUCGAUGCGGCGAUCAAGGUUGUUCUGCACCCUCCCAAACCGAAGAAGAAGAGGCUGAAGCCUAAUCGCCUCUGUUUAAUUCUCUAAAUUAGGAAAGCCAAUCACCAUAUAUACCCUUUCUUCCAUUAUAAUGCUUCUUUUGACCUUGCUACGCCCAGUUCGUAUGGUUACUAUACAAUGUAUCUAGUAACUCCACUUAUUAUCCACAUCUCUUCACUCUUUUGUAAUUUGUGGCAUGUCUUGCUCACAUGUCAGUACCUGAAGUAGGUUGUUGGUGCUAUCAUGUAUAAUCCAAAUCCAAGCUCAAUCUAUGAGCUUGCUUAUAUGUUUAGUACUUUAAUUUCCGGUCGAAUCUCUCUACCAUCGCAUUUAAAUUGUUUUUGAAAGCAGGUAGCAUUAUCGUAGGAGUAAUAGAUGUUCUCAUCGCACCUUACCAUUUGGCUAACCUGUUAGCAGCAACAGAGCCAUGGAAAUCGUAAAAAAAAUGUGUAAAUUUAUUUACAUAACUAGUUAGAUAUUUUUUGUAUUCAUUUUGGAUCUCACAUCUCAGACCCAUGAAUUUUAAAUGAAACUCAUGAAAUCUUUCAUUUUGAAUGAGCUCACUUGAAAAUUUGAUAGAAAGACAAAUACAUAUGUUAUUAUUUGGUUAUUUUUUGAAUCUAGUGAAAAUGACACCUCAUUUUAUCAUUUAUGUGUCAUUGAAUUUUGAUCGACUUACAUUUGAAAAUAGAUAAAUUUAACUUAAAAAUUAUCGCAUAUUGGUACAGAAUUAUUUUGUUUUUCACAUUCAGAAAUUUUUUAGUGCACCAAUACUCAUUAGUGUAAACCCUCAUUUUCUUUGCCCCAAAAGAGGCCAAAACCGAUCUAUUUGACAUUACCAAUUUAAUUUCUUAAGAUUGAUGGACAUUUUAUUUCCAUAACUUUAAUGUACCGUACCAACUUAAAUGACCAUAGAAGAAAUUUAGUUUUGAAAG